AUGGAGAGAGAACCAAAGUUCAAGAGAAUAUGUGUGUUUUGUGGAAGUAGUCCUGGUAAUAAAACCAGUUACAGAGAUGCUGCUAUCGAACUUGGAACCGAACUGGUAUCGAGAAAUAUCGAUCUUGUCUAUGGUGGCGGGAGCAUAGGUUUAAUGGGUUUGAUUUCUCAAGCUGUUUACAAUGGAGGUCGCCAUGUCAUCGGGGUUAUCCCCAAGACACUAAUGCCAAGAGAGAUAACAGGAGAGACAGUGGGAGAAGUGAAGGCAGUAGCAGACAUGCACCAAAGAAAAGCUGAAAUGGCUAAGCACUCUGAUGCUUUUAUCGCUUUACCUGACAAAGCAGUGGAAGAGGGUUUCAUUAUACCAACUGCUCGACAUAUCAUUGUCUCCGCUCCUUCUGCUAAAGAACUUGUCAAGAAACUUGAGGAAUAUGUUCCAAGGCAUGAGAAGGUAGCCUCAAAGAAGAGCUGGGAGAUGGAACAAAUAGGGCUGAGUCCUACUUGCGAAAUUUCAAGGUGA